AGUGAAUAGAAUGAAAGCUACAUCAACGAUCACUAAUCAUUACUGUGUCAUACAAGAUGAAAUACCACCAGAGCCUUUGGCGAUGCCAUCGAGUAAACCAGAGCAGAUGUCUCAAAGCGGCUCAAAAAGUUACGAUAAGAUGAAAGUCGGAAUGGCAUGCAACGGGCAAUGGGUUGGAAAGUCUGACGUUAACGAAGCAAUUAUACUAGCUUCUGGUACAGAGAAAGAGAUGCGAUUCCGUUCCCAAGACACAGAUAGUCCUAUCCUGACAACUGAAUCACAAUCAACGCAGCCACGGAAACGCAUCAGAACUGAACAAGCUAAGAGCGAAUACUCGACACGGAUGGAAGAUGAACCAAAACUGCUUUCUGGUUAUGAUGAUUCAAUACGACUUCUCAGCAAAGAGGAACUGAAUGUGUUAUGGCACAAAAGCAGUGAAGAGAUUGAAGAGAAAGUACUUGCUGAAUGUGAGAAAAUCUGUGCUUUCAUCAAGACAAAGUCAAAAUCUAUUUUAUGUGUAUAUCCAGUCUAUGACAUUAAAGAUGAUACAAAGGUACAAUUUUUAGUGUUAACAGAAAAGAAAAUCCGCUGUCCAAGGAACAUCAAAUAUGAUGUUGUUAUGCGAAAAGUAAAUGACUGUUCUGGAGAAAGUAUGGCUAUUCAGCGUAAUAAGAAGAUCACAAAAGAUAAAUACAGUCUCACGCCUGAAGAGAGAAAGCAUAUGAGAGACGUUAUAAAUAGGAACGCUCCGGAUCUGAUGAAGCGUUACAAAUAUGUGUCCGUAAUUUCCGGGAGUGGAAUACGAUCAAAGGGUUAUGAUACAAAGAAUCAUAUGAUUAUCCCCCAGCCAUGUAUCGUGAUAUACGUUCAUACAAAAAACAAAAUACCCUUAUCUGAAGGCAAACUUCCACAAACGAUAGAAAACAUUCCAGUCGAUGUAAGGGAGGGCAGUUUUCAGAACAGUAGUUCGGAUAGGUAUGACAAGCUACUAAUGGGAUGCCAGAUCACAUCUUCUGUUAACUCGAAGAGCUCUGGAACACUGGGUGGGUUUAUAGAUCACCCACUGUAUGGUUUAUGCGGAGUUACAUGUGCUCACGUUGUUUUGAGUAAACAUGAACUUCACGAUUCCAGGAAAAAAGGAAGCAGAAAGUGGGAAGAUAGCAACCACAAAGUUUACCAACCAGCAGUCGUUCAACAUGAAAACUAUGUAGGUGCUUUAAGGGAAACAUUCUACAAGACAGGCGGCGACAGCAAACCUGGAGUUGAUCUGGCUGUUUUCCAGAUACAAAAUAGGCCCCCAGACUCUGGAAAAUUCCCCGAAGAAGCAGGUAUGCUUUACGAGACUGGGCGCAUUGAAAGAGAAAUUAAACCUUACCAAUAUGGACAAAGUGUAGUAAAAUUUGGACAAACAACCAGCAAAACAGAUGGAUUUGUACAGUUCAACGGCGCUGCUGUGAAGAAGAUUGAUUUUAAUGAAAAAUACUGUGUAAAUGAUGUUGAAUUUACUUACACGCUCUUUGACCAGAUCGAAAUCCAACCUCCUCCUGACAAAGAUCUUUUCUCCGACGGUGGAGAUUCUGGUGCCUUAGUAUUUAUUAGAAACGCAGAUGAGGAACUUGCUUGCAUUGGUAUGGUUAUAGGGAACUUAAAUGUAGCAAGUGAAGGCGGAUCUACUAGUAUUCGGAGAGGCAAUAGCAUCGUCACACCCAUAUCAACAAUACAGGACGAACUUGGAGUGUCUGAAUUUAAAAGUUUUGUUUGGUACAGGAUUGAAAAUAUGGAAAAAAGAUUUACUAGUAUAGACAUGCGUUUAGGAAAACUAGAUAAAAUGGACGAGCGCAUAGAAAACAUGGAAGGGAUGAUAACAAAAAUUGCCGAAUCGAAAGACUAAUGACUAAUGAUUAAAUGCAAAACCAGCAUGGCGGUGUUAAGAUAACCAAACCUUUCGGAAGACUCAAAACUCGGAUCGAUUGAGUCUAACUUGAGAACCGCUUGACCCAUAAAAUUCAGGCUUGGUAGCAAAAUUUUGCUUAUGAAGUAGAUUAUCUCAAUUUUGCUGUCGGUCAAUAAUAAGUCAAAGUGAUGGUCAAAAGGGUUUAAAAUUGAAAAUGGUUUCCGCUCAAUACCUUGAGAAUUACUUGACCCAAAACCUUCAAACUUGAGAUGAUGGUUGGGUUUAUAAAGUAAAUGCCCUCUAGGGUGGAGACAAUUGGUUAGAGGUCAGCUAGUAAAAAUAUCUACACUACUCGGAUAAUUUUUUUUCAUUAUCUUCACCAUGUACUUUGCAAAAUUUAGACUAUGCAUGUAAAUUAGUUAAACAAUUGUUUAUGUUCUUUCCAGCAGUUUUUAUUUUUUGAAUCAUUGUUUUGUCAAAGCCUGUCUGCCUGGAUGUUUUAGCAGACCGUUUGUCAAAGGAUCUCAUUAUUAUUAUUAUAAUUAUCUUUUUGAAAAUUUGAAGCUCUUCAAUACUAAUUGGCAAUUAAGAUUCAAUUUUAAAAAUAAUUACCGGUCAUGUUUUUUUCUUAUUUUGUAGCAUAUAUAUCCAGAUGUACAAUUAAAUAUCUAGUAUAAUUACUUAUAUACAUAAUCAGAGAUUAAUAUAUAAUGAUAAAUUUAAAUGAUCGUUUGUCGAUAUUGUUUUUCAUUAGAAGCAUUUCUGAAAUGACGUUGCACUUAAUAAAUGUACACGUGUAUACUCCCAACGAAGACUACAUAUGCAAUCUUGUACAUGCCUAAUCUUUUAACCCUUGCACACAAUUAAGUGAAACGUCACACAAGUGAUCAGUACAAACCCUCGUUGGUAUGGUGCAUGUUACGUAUUUUCAGAUAAAUAUUCUGCAGAGUUAUGGGACUUUGCUUUUUGUUACUAUACUAUAUACAUACAGUCUAUAUACAUACAGUCCAUAUAAUUAUGCAAUAUUAAGUGCGCCAAACUGCAAUGUACUUGUCAGUGCGUGCGGAGGUAUAUUCAUCACCUUCAGUGAUAGCUGUAGUUCGUUUUUUGAUAUCAAUAAUCCGCAAUACUUAUAGAAAUCGAUCCGAAAGUAUUUUUAAGUUUUUAUUAUUUGAAAUUCAUAUGAUGGUAUCAAAAGACAUUUAUAGAUAUGAUAUAAUGGAAUAAAGGACGUGAUGGAAUUGUACUCAUAAUAUCACGAAAUAAACAGAUCUAAACUUCAUAUAACUAAGUAUUUUAUGAUAUUAUAAAUUCGUAUUUUGUGACAAUUUUGGACACCAUAUUAUAUUUAAUUCGAAUUAAAGAAAUUAGUAGAUUGAAUUCGUAAUACCAUUAAAUGAAAGGGAUUACUAAGAUAUGGAAUGAUAUAUACCUCUAAAUCUUUAUCUUUUUGUGACAUCUUUAAACGUCUUUGAUGAUAGGAAAUAUUUAUCAAACUAUACAAUGACUUGGAGAUAUAUCAAAAUAAUAAAUUAAUGUCUCGAAAAGAUUUUAUGAUAUGUCAAAAUAAAUUUAUGAUAGAUUUAUCAAUACAGUUCCACUUUUAGGCAUUUGAAUAAAUGGUUAUUUCUUUUGUUUUGACAUUGACAUUUUUGUAGAUAAAACGUACACUUAACAAAUCCAAUAUCUUAUAAGUACUGCACACAUUUGAAAUUUCACAUUGAUUAAGAAAAUGAUAUUGGUAAUAUGAUGUCAAAAUACAGAAAAAGCCGAAUGAUGCGAUCAUAUUAUUUUAUUUAUUUUGAUACAUUAAUACAAAUUAAACAAACUCACAAAAUACAAAUAAGUGAUUUAAGUAACUUGCUCCCAUUUUAUAGUAAAUUACAGUGAUGUAAAAUUUUUUUUUCAAAUUGCACUUUUGAAAAUGAAAUACAGGAUAAUUAUUCCAACAUUAACUUGUACAAUUUAAGCCUGUUCAUGUCAUAUUUCGAAAGAUGUAUUUCACAUACCAAUGACCUUUUGAAAGAAUAAAUAAGAUUAACAUAUGCGUGUGUUUGACAAGUUUUAUUUCUUUAUUUUAGCUUUUGUUAUUGCGUUAGAAAUGCCAUUUAAACCAGACUAUGUUUGUAUGAAAACCCGAAAGUGAAUGCGAGUAGUUUUAAUUAAGCGAGACACAAAGGUCAUUAUUUAAACAAAUUGCUCAAAAAGUUUAUAUUUUUAUGAAUUUUUCAAAAUGGGGUGUGGUCAUACAUUAGACAAAGUUAUAAGAUGGCCUAAUUUAAUUUUGUUUAAAUUUCGGUAUGACAUUCACAACAUAUUAACCAAAUUUCUAAAAUGAACUUCAAGGAACAUGUAUUAAAUUGGCAAAAAAUCAAAAAAGUGUUACGUUAGAAUAUUUGUUAAGUGUGUAUCCGGGAUAUCUAAGCCUCUGUGAUCGCUUGCGCUUAGUAUAAGUAGAACUGGAGUGUUUUCCACGUAAAGUCAUAAAUAAGCUUUUCUAGUAUGUUGAAUCUUUUCAAUGCUCAUCUUAUCUUCCACUUAAGAUAUUUACUUCAAAUGUUGAAAGUCUUCAUCAAAUGGAUUGAAGUUUGCUUACUAUUAGUAUAUAAAUGAAGGGUUUGUAUAGAAUUACAUUCAUGAUUAAAUUUCAAUAUAAACUUCCAGUUUUUUGUGGUAGUAUAAAGUGCGUUUAGCUAUACAUGUAUUAAGUAGUCUUAGGCUAAUGCAUAGUACUGUUAAUACACGUACAUUUGUCCAUUUUUCUUUCUUUACAUACUACUAUAUGUAGAAAUUGUUAAAAGUUUUUAAAUAUGAAUUUUGGGUCUAGUAUACCCUUAGUUACAUAUGUAUAUAUAUGACAAAGUGUUUUGAUCCCUCGAUCUCUUUAAGAAAAUCGCUGCUCAAACUAAGUGAGUGAUGCGCAAUGAUAUUUUAUAUGAAGUAAAACGGUGUUGUGAAUCUGGCAGCUUAUAUUAAUAAAACACACAAGCAUUUCUUCAGUGCGUUUUUGCCAGUUUUUGUGAGUUUUAUUGUUCAUUUUAUUCUAAAGAAUAAGUUGAGCACUCGCUAGACUGUUUAAGCUCUAAAACUCAGGUGAGUGAACUAGGGCCAUCAUGGCCCUUUUGUAAUGUUGUUAUGCAUGGCAUGUUAUGUACUUGUAUUUGAUUUUAUUGUGUUAGACUCUUUCUAUGUUGUGGUGUAUAUAAUCAGUAUGAUGAGACGAAAUAAAAUAGAUAUUUG